AGCGAAGGGUGCCAGACGCAAAGGGGUUGUACAGUAGUAGUGAAACAUAUCAAGACGCAAUCGGAUGCAUCGCCAAGCAUGCCCACGUACCAUACUGCUGUGCAGAGUUAUGGGACCUCUGAAUGCGCCCCGAAGUACCGUACCCCAAUCAAACCGUUCAAGGGCAAAGUUAUAAAGGAAGUCACGGAAAGACUUAUUUGGCCAGACAGUGAUGAAGUAAUACUAGAAUACACAGAUGAGACUGCGAAACCAAAGAGGAACAGAAAUGAGACUGUAAAAGGCAAUAGAUCGACGUCAACCAUAACAAAGGCGGUCGCCGAUGUCAGCACUAUCACUUCAGAUUGGUGGAGCCCGCUGUUUGAGAGAAAACCGAUGCGGAAAAAUUGGGACAUGGUAAUGGAAAAUAACCGGAAUGAAAAUAGAUAUAAAGGUCCCGCCGCGAAACGGGAUCCAUUGUUAUGUCAUCACGGUUAG